CCAAAUUGGGGUUUCUUGACCAAAAACAAGAAACUAGAAGCUUCUUUCUCAACUUGUCGCCGAAGAUCACAACCAAAGGUCUCGUCAAUGGCUGCUAGGUUUCUUAGUCUGAGACGCGCUUUAUCUCUCUACCUCACUAACCAACAACCUCGGCUUCCUCUGUUUCAAGGUAGGCUUUCACAAUCAAAGCCACUCUUGAGCAGAGAUUAUGCAUAUGUGGGAUUACUUCAGAGGCACUUAUGUGUAUCCCGUGAGGCUAGUGAAGCUGCUGCAGGAACCAAUGGCUGCUGCAACUCUUCAAACUCUGUUUCCGAACUUUCCAAAGCUCCUUUCACCUCCCCUGCAACAACAGCCUCUGAGGAUCUGAUUGUGAAGUACAAGUCCCAGUUGAAAAUAAACCCGAGGCAUGACUUCAUGAUGGUGUUUACCUGCAAGGUAUGCGAGACGAGGUCUAUGAAGAUGGCCAGCCGAGAAUCAUACGAGAAGGGGGUUGUGGUGGUGCGAUGCGAAGGGUGUGAUAAUCUGCAUUUGAUUGCAGACCGUCUUGGCUGGUUUGGAGAACCGGGGAGCGUGGAGGAGUUGCUCGCUGCUCGUGGGGAUGAAUUCAAGAAAGGAUCUAUGGAUUCUCUUAGUCUUACUGUUGAUGAUUUGGCUGGAAAAAAGAUAUCCGAUGAAUAGAGCAAGAAGAGCUCUUCGUUACUUUUAGCUAUUAUAUUCACUACUAGGACUUGAACCCUACGGAAAACAUAAAAUUAUAUCCUGUUUUUUUUUUUAAUAUUAAUUUUUGAAAUAAAAUUGGUCUUAGUUAUUAUGUAAA